AUCGUCAGGUGGCAGCGAUUCCUCCAAUACCAGCCAACCAUCCGGACUCACUCCCUCUCUCUCCUUUGCCGUUUUAUCUGUUACUUCUUAUUCUUCCAUUUUCUUGGGCACCAAAAACAUUUCCUCCUCACCUCCCACCCUCCCUCUCUCACUGUCAAGCAAGCGCUCUGCACUUCAAUCUUCAGCUAACAAAACAUGGUAUACACAUCUGUCUAGCUAGACAGAUAUAUAUAGCACACUUUGAGGAAGCAGGCCCAGAUUCUGUUUUGUUGAACAUCUGUAGCAAUUUGAGUACAUGUUACUAGACUUUGCCUGAGAAAAUGUUUAUUCUUCUUCGUUGAUAGAGUAGUGACAACAUGGAUAGGAGAGUGUUUGAUGAUAGAAGAAGAAUUGGGACAGUGAAGGCAGCUGUUAAUAUGUAUGGAGAAAGAAUUCUUGAAAGUAGUAGUUCUUCACUGAAGAUACCAGCCCAGAUGGAUUUGCCUGAGUCUUCCUCAAGAGCUAAAGAGCUGCACAUGGCAAAGAGAGACUUGGUAAGAUAUAAAGAGAAUAGAAGGGCUGCGGAGUCGGCUAAAGUGAAAGCAGAAUCAGAGCUCUCGGAUGCGAAAAGAACGGUGAAAGAGCUUGUUUUACAGAUUGAGAAAUCAAAUUUCAAGGUAAAAGCUCAGGUGAGAGACAUGGAAAGGUUAAACAAGCUGAGUAAGCUCCAAGAUAUGGCUUUAAUUGUUGGGAGUGAUGAGAGCCAUCAGUAUGCAGUAGUGAUAAGGGAGUUGGAAGGUGUGAAGCAAGAACUGAGUAAACUUAAGCUUGAGAUGGCUUCUGUUUUGGAAGCGAAAACUCGGGCAGAGAAGGAAAUAGCAACCUCAAUUUCUAAAUUAUCGUCUAAUAUGAGCCACGCGGAAGCACUCAGGAAGAAGAUUGAUGAGGCAAAUGAGGAACAAGUGCUAGUUGAGUUGGCACAGAUUGAGGCCUUUAAAGAAUUUGGAGGAAUUCAAGCUCAAAGAGAGAAAGAAGCGAGAGAAUUCUCGUCCGCAAUGCAGGAAAGUAAGAAAAAAACGAAGAAUGUCAAAGAGGAAAUCAGUAGCUCUACAGAUCUUGAGUCGAAAUUGGCUGUUACAUUAUAUGAAGUGAAUUUGAUACAGCAUGAACUAAAGCUUGCUAAAGGUAAGGACGCAAAGGUACAAAGAAAUGACAGCAUGAAGCAUCUGGGAGGCAGUUUUCGGGAAGGCAAGCAAUUGGAGGAUUCCUCUUUACUGAAAUCCAUAACUGAAGAAUUGCAGGCAACUAAGAAAGAAUUGGCUUCAACUAGGGAAGAGGGUUUUCAGUUCAUGACCUCAAUGGAUAUCUUAAGGAAUGAGCUGAAGUAUGUCACAGAAGAGACAGUUCAGUUAAAGAAAGCGAAAGAGAAAGCUGAUAUAACUGCUCAAAAUCUUAAUUCAAAGCUCCUGAGAGCAAAGUCUAAAUUGGAAACCGCAACUGCAGUUGAGGGGAAGGCAAGAUCAACUUUAUCCAGUCUGUCUGUGACACUUGAACAGUUGAAGACCGAAGCGGAGGUAGCAAGGAAAGAGAAGAAGCUUAUCCGCGAAGAAACUGCAGAAAUCAAGGCAGAAAUCCGCAAUACUGAUUCUCAAAUAGACCUCACUAAAGAAAAAUUGCAGCACGCAAUUCAGGAGCUUGAUGCAGUCAAAAAGUCAGAGUCUUCAGCUCUUCAGAAUCUGAAAAAUGUUAUUGAGAACACCAUGAGAUCUAGAGCUUCUGCUUCUCAACAUAGUUCGUCGAUUACUAUCUCAAAGUUUGAGUACGAGUAUUUAACUGGACAUGCAGCCAUGGCUGAAGAAAUUGCAGACAAAAAGGUAGCUGCAGCUCAGGCAUGGAUUGAAGCAUUGAAAGCCAGUGAAAAGGAGAUAUUGAUGAAAAUUGAACUAGCUCAUGGAGACAUCAGAGAAAUAAGGGUGGAGGAAGAGAAAGAGAUAUAUAGAACUGAGAGUUCCCUAUCUGCUAAAAGAAUGGUAGAGGGAGAGCUUCGAAAAUGGAGACAUGUGAGCAAGAAAAAUACAGAAACCGAGAACCAGCAACAGCCAUUCCCAAGGAAAUCCAUGAAAGCUAAUGGCAAUCUGACUCCAUCAAGACGUUCAAAGCUUCGAAAUUCUGGUUCUCCAUCAGCUCUAAUGACUCCUCGGAUAACUCCUAGAUCAACUUCUAUUGCUAUCAGGAAGAAAAGAACAAUUGUGCCAAAUUUAGCCAAGUUAUUCAACGGAAAAAAGGUUGACAAGGAUCCAUAAAAUGUUUCAAAUUUGUUACGGCUAUGUGCUGUUAUCUUUUUUCUCCUUGACAUUUUGAUUCAGUUCAAGAAAAAAAAAUAAAAAAUAGCUGCAUACAGCGAGCAUUUGGAUCAAAAGUUCCUAAGAAGUGCUAGUCUUCCAAGUUUCAUUUGCCUUCACCCUCAUGCAUUGGGAACUAGCAACUGUGGGUUGUGUGUGAACCAAUCAUGCAGAAUAGCUGCAGAUUGUGUGAACGGAAUUCACCAGUUAACCGAAUGUCUUAAACAAGGCAGACAUGAUAUGAAAGUUCUUGUGCAAAAAUAUAAAUCAUAGUUCAGUGAAGAAAUCUAAAUCAUAGAUUUCUGAUGUGGUCUGUUUUGAUUUUGGAUAUACCAUUUUCUUGAUUUCUAUUAGCA